AGAAGAGCAACUCAGGGUGCUUCUAAAAACGUUUGGAUAAGCGUUAGUAUCUGAAGUGAAAUUGGUCAAGCCGUGAGAUCUUGUGGACCAGAACCUCAUCAGUGAUUAUACUAAAUCAUGUAAAAAAAUGGCGGAGCUACAAAUGCUUUUGGAAGAAAUAAUUCCUCCAGCAGGUCGGAGAGCGUUACUGGAUAGUUUUAUCAAUCUCGAAAGAGUUGCGGAAUACUGCGAAAGCAACUGUGUGCAGUCCCCAGAUAAGCACCGAGCCCUGGAGGAGACUAAGGCCUAUACGUCUCAGUCCCUGGCCAGUGUAGCCUAUCUGAUCAACACUUUGGCUAAUAAUGUCCUCCAAAUGCUUGAUAUCCAGGCUUCGCAGCUCCAACACAUGGAGUCAUCCAUCAACCAUAUCUCCCAGGAGAAGGUGGCAAGGAGAGAGAUCGGAAUCCUGACUACCAAUAAAAACACAUCUCUCACCCACAAAAUGGUUGCUCCAGCUAAUCCGGAGAGGCCGGUGCGGUACAUCCGUAAGCCUAUAGACUACAGCGUGUCGGAUGACAUCGGCCACGGGGUCAAGGUCGGCAGCCAGAAGAUGAAGAUGGGUGGAGGUCUACCUCGAACCAAACCCCCGACCCAGAAACCACCCAGCCCCCCCAUGCCAGGGAAGGGAACCAUCGGGCGCCACUCCCCCUAUCGGACGCUGGAGCCCGUACGCCCUCCCGUAGUCCCUAACGACUAUGUCCCCAGCCCCACGCGCAUCAUGGCCCAGCAGGAGACCACUUCAGUUAACCAGCGGACACGCACCUACAGUAGAGGCAGCGGUGGAGGCAGCGGUGGAGGCAGUCCCCCCGGCAGCGGUGGAGGCGGCAGCGGUGGAGGCAGCAGCGGUGGAGGCAGUCCCCCCGGCGGUGGAGGCAGCGGUGGAGGCGGCGGUGGAGGCAGUCACCCCGGCAGCAGCGGCGGCGAGAACAGUGGGAGUGGCUCCGUAGGACCACCCAUCGCCGUGCCAACAGUCUCUCCACCAGGCAGCUUUCCAGGAACCUCUCCUCCUGCUACCCGGUCCGCACCUGGCCGCGCCCCUAACGCUGAUGACCAAUCGACUGAGGCUGUAGCCGAGGCCUCUCUUCCCGCUCAAUAUCCUCUCUCUGCUGCAGCCAUCUCGGCAGAAGUCUCAGAUGCACCUCCUGCAGAGGAGGAGGAGGAGGAGGAGGAGGAGUCGGCCGUGAUGGAGUACAGCGACCCCUACGCCGAGGAGGACCCUCCCUGGGCUCCACACACCUACCUGGAGAAAGUUGUGGCCAUCUACGACUACGCAGCGGACAAAGAGGACGAGCUGUCGUUCAACGAGGGCUGUAUCAUCUAUGUGAUCAAGAAGAACGAUGAUGGCUGGUACGAGGGCACUACGAAUGGUUCCUCCGGGCUCUUCCCUGGUAACUACGUAGAAUCCAUCAUAGACUGAGGCCACUCUCCCGCCACGCCCCAAUCCCACAGAGACACACUCUGAACCGCAGCCCAGAACAGAACAGGAAGGAGAUAGCUGUGUACUC